AUGUCUGCCGGGAAACAGCCUGGAACGCAGAUCAAGCUCACCAACGUGUCGGUCGUGCGGCUGAAGAAGGGUGGGAAGCGGUUCGAGGUCGCGACGUACAAGAACACGGUGCGGUCGUGGCGGAGCGGCGCACAGACGGAUCUCUCGGAAGUCAUCCAGAUCGACAACGUCUUCACCAACGUCUCCAAGGGCGCCGUUGCCUCUGCGGACGAGCUACAAAAAGCAUUCGGAACGACCGACCGAACGGAGAUCAUGAUGCAGAUCUUGAAGAAGGGCGAGUUGCAGGUCGGCGAGAAAGAGCGGGCGGUCGAGCUUGAGGAGUUGCGGAGGGAGAUUUGCACGGAGGUUGCGGCGCGAUGUGUCGACCCAAACACGCAGCGGCCGCACACGGUCGGCAUGAUCGAGAAGGCGAUGAACGAGGUUGGCUACAACGUCAACGGCAGCAAGGCGGCAAAGGCGCAGGCUCUCGACUUGAUCAAGGUCCUGCAAGCGAAGAAGACGCUCCCGAUCGCGCGUGCGCAGAUGCGUGUGCGGAUAACGAUGUCGUCGAAGGAGGGCAAGAAGAUCAAGGAGAAGGUGCUGCCGUUGAUUGCGAAGGUCGAGGAGGACGAGUGGUCGGACGAGUGGGAGCUGGUCGCCCUCAUCGAUCCGGGCUCGUUCCGCCUCAUCGACGACCUGCUGCAGAAGGAGGUCAAGGGCGCGAAGAAGAUCGAGACGAUGUCGUUCUCGGCUGUCGAGGACGAGGCGAGGGUAGAGUAG